AUGAUGCCCAACACAAGUACAACGAUGGCUAUCCUGGACGGCUCUGAUUUUGAGAGUUUCUUGAAGAAUGUUGAUGAAAUAAGCGACCUGGUCAAGGAUCUGAACUCCUCUGAUGUAACGUCUCAGCAGAGAGCUGUGGAAAAGGCUGAUUGCUACAUAAGUACCUUGAAGGAGAAGGAGGAACCAUGCAAAACACUCCUCAACAGGACAGUGAUAAACACCAAUUCCAUAUAAAACAAUUGUUUGAGAAUAUUGUUUUAUUUUCUCCUUAAUUCUGUAGAUCAUUUCAUGAAAAUGAUGGAAAGCGAUGCAGAGGACAGACACAAAAGGAGACAAAUGAGACAGGAGAAGGCAAAUGCCCUUAAAGAAAAGGGGAACGAAGCAUACGCCCAGGGAGAAUACGAGACGGCUGUGAAGCUUUAUAGCGACGGUUUAGACGAGCGACGAGACAUGCAGCCGCUGUAUACCAACAGAGCACAAUCCUAUAUCAAACUGGAGAAAUAUAAGGAGGCCAUAAGUGACUGUGAGUGGGCUCUAAAGUGUAAUGACAAGUGUGUUAAAGCGUAUCUUCACAAGGGGAAAGCACACCUGGCACUCGAGAAUUAUAACGAGUCACGAAUGUGCUAUCAAAAGAUACUGGAAAUUGAGCCAGGACGGGAAAAGAUGCUCAAAGAGUAUCUGACCCAAGUGGAUUUGGAGGAGGAAAGAGAAUGCCAGGAAAGCAAAGCGUGGGAGGAGUUUGAUAAGGGAGAAGAAAAGGCCACGACAGUGCUCCAACUGUUGAAAAAGCUGGACAGACCCGAUCAGUUCCCGUUAUACUACUGCGGAGGGCUCAAGCUUCUGUCACACGCCAUUACAGACUGCACUGGCCAGACGCUGUUCCGAUUAAACAAUGGCUUCAGUAUCAUCCAAACCAAUGACACCGUAAGAAGUUGCCUGUUGCAGAAAUCGACAGCGCCAUGCGCAGAGGAGCUAUGCGUGUCCGUGCUGAAAUUGUGGAGGGUGGUUUGCGAUGGAAAUGAUGAAAACCAAAAGAUGCUGAUGAGAUGCCCAGCCUCCGAAGAGUACAUUGUUGACUUAUUAGCAUCAGGAAUGGCUGCGAAGUGGUGUACUCACUGUGAAUACAGAGAGAUCCUUUAUCCCCUCCUGGGACUGAUGAUCAACCUCUCUGGUAAUUCCUCCACAGCCAUCCAGGAGCAUGCUGUUCCCAUCAGUGGCGUAUGCCUGGACUUGCUGAGUGAUCCCGACGGGGGCAUCAUCACAAGAGCCACAGGUUUGCUAAGUAAAGUGCUCCCACAGUCCACCGCUGCUACUGAAGACGCUGUGCAGAGAGGAGUCGUGGGGACAAUGCGGAGGCUACUGAAAGGAUCAGGGAAGACCACCACUAAAUAUUUGAUCAAGACCCUCACAGUGUGCACGGCAAUCAGUCAAACGGCUCAGGAGGAGUGGGUGAAAUGUGAUAAAAGACUUCACACCCUGAGGAGGCUCCUGGGCCCCAGCAGGGAGGAGGCAGUGGCAGGGAACGCUGCCCUGUGCCUGGGCCACUGCCUGGGGGUGCGGGGGGCAGCCAGCAGCCUCCUGGGCACCGACACUGUCCUGCUCCUGCUCCGCCAUGCUGCGGGCGACGCCAAGAGAAGUGCUGUGCAGCAAAAUUCUGCCAUCGCUCUGGGGAAGCUGUGUAAAGCAGAGCCCAGGCAUAUGGCAAAACUCAGAGAACUUCACGGAUUGGAGAUACUCCACUCCUGUAUGAAGCUGAUCACAUGAGUCUCUCCAACCCACCCCAAAAAAGGCUCCCAGUCUUUUUAUAUCCCUUUCUUGUGUGUGAAAAUAAAGUUCACAUAUGCCAUUUGGAAAUGACACCUUUCAUUCAGCGUAUCACGCUUAACAUAUCCCGAGGCGGAAUUUUUUUAAAGUAGCUGUUUCUUAAGCCUUUUUUAUUGUAGCACGGUUUUAUAUUCCAUGUACCCCCCUGUGUUCUGUUGUGUAUUAUGACAGGUU